CCAAGCUUCCGUUGAAUAAUAUACUUCUCAAGAAAGCCACAGCCUCUCUCUCUCUCCCUCUCUCUCUCUCCCCCCCUUCUUAUCCUCAAUGACAGAGCUAUCAUCUGCGAUCCCAAUUGCAAAUAGCCAGGAUUCAGAACCGAGAGAAUUGGAUCGGUCGACCCCAUUAAGGGGCACUACCCCCAGCCAAAGCUUGACGAGCCAGAGGCCAUUGGUGAUCGACAAGACCCUGUCGACUGCGGCGAACCUCGCGCAGCUCCUGCCGACAGGCACCGUCCUCGCCUUCCAAGCUCUCUCCCCUUCCUUCUCCAACCACGGCAUCUGCUACGCUUCCAACAAGUACAUCACCUUGUCGUUACUUCUCAUUUGCACCAUCUCUUGUAUCUUCUUCUCCUUCACCGAUAGUUUCAAAGGGACCAACGGAAAGUUGUACUAUGGCAUGGCCACGUGCAAAAGCUUCAUUGUUUUCAAUUACCAGCCCUCUGAUGGGGAUCGAAGCAAGGUAUUGGAGGACUUGUUGAGGUUUCGGAUACGGUGGUUGGACUACGUCCAUGCCUUCUUCUCGGUGCUGGUGUUCUUGGCUCUAACCUUUAGUGAUACCAAUAUACAACACUGCUUCUUUCCGGAUUCUGGGUCAAACUCGAAGCAGAUCCUCCAGAAUUUGCCGCUUGGGGCCGGGUUCUUGUCGAGCAUGGUGUUUUUGAUCUUUCCAACCACCCGGCAGGGGAUUGGAUAUUCGGAUACAACGCCUCAUUCACUGUAAGCUAGCUGUUUUGGUUAUUAUGUUCGGAUUCUUUUUCUAGUAGAUGUUGUGAAACGUAAAGGCUUAACAAUAAGAUUAGCCUAUAUAUAUUUUCUUAGGAGGACUGUAUCAACAAGUAUAUGCGCUUUAAAUGGGUAUAUUAUCCAAUAA